CGAGGCGGGCGGGGCGCGGCAGGGACGUGCGGUCACGUGCGGCGGCCCGGAAGGUUCCACCCGGCGCCGCGCUGCCGGCCGCCCCCCGCGCUCGGACCCCGGCCCUGCCCGGCCCCGGCCACCCCCGGCCACCCCGCCGCUUGGUGCGGUCCAUGGCGGCGCAUCAUGGCGAUCGAAGGUGGAGAAAGAACCUGUGGCGUGCACGAGCUCAUCUGCAUUCGGAAAGUCUCUCCAGAGGCGGCCGGGUUCCUGUCCGCCGUGGGGGUGCUCAUUGUCUUGCUGCUGCUGCUGCUUCUCUACAUUAAUAAGAAGUUCUGUUUCGAAAACGUUGGCGGGUUUCCCGAGGCUGGGUCAGGAUACAGCACGAGGAAGAACUCACAAGAGACGCUUUAUAAUUCCCACCUGGACAGAGACGGGCAGGGCUCAUCCUCUGAAAGCGAAGAUGAGGCUCUGGGCAGAUAUCAGGAGGCCUUGUCCAGGACGCACCGUCCCAGGCUGCCCCUGGGGGGCUCGAGACACAAGCUGUACGCCUGGGAGACCAGACAGAAGUACAGCCCCCUGUCCGCCGAGUAUGACAGCUACGGCAGCGAGGCCUCGCUGGACGAAGGGAGCUGCGUGCAGAGGGUGAGCAGGACGCCCCCGCUGGACGAGCUGCAGCCCCCACCCUACCAGGACGACAGCGGCUCGCCACACCUGUCCUGCACGCCGUCUGAGGUCGGGGACAGCAAAUACGACUUCUCCCACUCCGGCAACAGCCCCCCGCACUCCUCCACCAAGUGCCCGAGUGAGGGCAGCACGGGCCCCGACACGGACGGCUUCCACCACAAAGUCUGUGAGGACGACGUCCUCAGCGACAGCACGGCCGUGCUGAGCCCCGAGGACAUGUCGGCUCAAGGCUCGUGCUCACAGCUUCCUAAGCCUUUUGGUCCCGAACCAGAAGCUAAGUACGGCACCCUGGAUGUGACUUUUGACUAUGACUCGCAGGAACAGAAGCUCCUGGUGACAGUCACAGCCGUCACAGACGUCCCCACAUAUAACAGGACAGGUGGCAGCUUGUGGCAGGUACACCUGGUGCUUCUGCCCAUCAAGAAGCAGAGAGCAAAGACCAGCAUCCAGAGAGGGCCCUGCCCCGUCUUCACAGAGACCUUCAAGUUCCACCACGUCGAGUCCGAGAUGAUCGGAAACUACGCCGUGCGCUUCAGGCUGUACGGGGUCCACCGGAUGAAGAAAGAAAAGAUUGUGGGGGAGAAGAUUUUCUAUUUAACAAAGUUGAACCUGCAAGGGAAGAUGUCACUGCCGGUGACACUGGAGCCUUCCUACAGCCAUUCUGGCUGCGACUCUCAGGUGAGCGUGUCAGAGGCGUCCUGCAGCGGGAGCACGUCGUCCUGCCAGUCCCUGGAGCGUGGCGCGGUCCCAGAGAUCCUGGUCGGGCUGCUGUACAACGCCACCACGGGGAGGCUGUCGGCGGAAGUGAUCAAAGGAAGCCACUUCAAAAACUUGGCGGCCAACAGACCACCCAACGGACUGUUCUGUUGUCUAAAACACUUGAUAGGUGGACAGGUUUAUAUAAUCCGAGACACCUACGUCAAGCUGACGCUCCUGAACUCCAUGGGGCAAGAGAUGUCCAGGUGCAAGACGUCCCUGCGCCGCGGGCAGCCAAACCCCGUGUACAGGGAGACCUUUGUCUUCCAAGUGGCCCUGUUCCAGCUCUCGGACGUGACGCUCAUCCUGUCGGUGUACCACAGGCGCAGCCUGAAGAGGAAGGAGAUGAUUGGCUGGGUCUCGCUGGGUCUCAACAGCUCUGGAGAAGAAGAGCUCAGCCACUGGGUGGAGAUGAAGGAGUCGAAGGGACAGCAAGUCUGCCGGUGGCACGCCCUGCUGGAGUCCUGAGGGCCGGAGGGAGGCAGCUGCGCCAGGUGGCCCGCCACCCGGAGGCCCGUCCUUUGAGGAGCCGGCUCCAACCUCCUUCCGAAAUGCUUUCGAUUCCGGGGGAAGAGCGCCUCCCGCUGGUAGAAACUCUGGUAGCGCUUUUCUGGAACAGGGAGAGGAGGCUGGGCGUCGACCAUCGGCCCUCGCAGCUCUGGGGCAGAAGAGCCAGUGGCGUCCACAGGAGAUGAGCGUCGAGAUCUCAGCCAGAGCUCGAGGGUCCUGCGUGGGAUGCUGCUCACGGGUGGGUCUCCACGCUGUCAGGAGCUCGGUCGGCCGGCUCUCCCAGGCUCGCAGCGCAGAGUCCCAGUGCAGGAGAGGCUCCUUGGCAGGAGGGAGGCGCUUUUGUGUGUUGUUUCGAAAACCACAAAAACAAAAACCUCAGACGAAGGUCUGCCUCUGCCUCCGCCUGGCCCAGAGAGUUCGAGUCCCUGUGCUGGAGGAGACGGGAGUUCCGUGCACUGGCGUGGCUGUCAGAAGCGCUCCCUGCACUCUGGUUUCCAGUGUCGGGGCUGGGAGAGCGGGGCCUGAUUUUCACGUUUCUUUCCAGCCUUUGAUUCUCGGAAACUGUGGUUAUGGGGAAACUCGUUUUAUUUUUAAGAAACAAAAAGGCAGGUGAGCAGCUGAAACUUGAGAACAGCUCAAGUGAAAGGGAGUUUUCUCUGUGUCUGUGUUCCGAGCGCUGCGGUAGCUGGCUGCGGGAAGCGGCGGCACCAGGUGGGAGGCCUCCAUGCCCACUACCGCUUGUGCUUGUGCUGCCUGCCUGCUGAGAGCAAGCGGAGAGUCCGUGCUGGCGUGCUCUCCACCGUGAUGUCAUCUGUGCCUUUCAGUCGGAGACAGUGGCUCCUACGGCUCCAAGCUGUUCGCAAAACUAGGCCUUCAAUUUUUAUAAAUGCGCAGACUCCUCAGAACAGGGUCGCGAGAUCCUUCCCGUCCUCUCCAGUCUGUCGAAGCCGUACGGUGUGUUGGUUUUGUAAACGGCAAAAGACGUUUUCAUUUGUUGUUUUCAUACGUGGGAACUCUGAUUGACCAGGAAUAUCAUGCCGUUCCUGUUUGAUUUUGCUUCUUACCUGAUAUAUAGUUUUAUGCAUAUACUUUAUUAAAUAGAGUAUGUUUUACA